AUGACAUCUCCUUUAAAAACGGGCUUUCACAGACUGGAGGUACAGAAAACAACAUGGGACGUUCCGGAGAGGUACACGACGUUGAAACCCGUUGGGUCAGGCGCCUAUGGAACAGUAUGUUCUGCCAUUGACCAGAAGACAAUGGAGAAAGUGGCCAUAAAGAAACUUUACCGCCCAUUUCAGUCUCUGAUCCAUGCCAAACGGGCGUACCGAGAACUCCGCCUGCUCAGGCACAUACAGCAUGAAAAUGUUAUCAGCCUUCUGAAUGUCUUCACACCUGAUUCGUCUUUGGAUAAGUUCCAGACAUUCUACAUGGUGAUGCCAUUUGUGGCACAGGAUCUGGGACACAUAAUGAGGAGAAAGAGACUGACUGACAGAGUCAUUAGUUACCUGUUUUAUCAGAUACUGCGGGGACUCAAGUAUAUACAUUCCGCAGGAAUCAUUCACCGGGAUCUGAAGCCUGGAAAUCUUGCUGUGAAUGAAAAUUGUGAAUUAAAGAUACUUGAUUUUGGUCUGGCAAGGCAUGCAGAAAUGGAGAUGACAGGGUACGUGGUGACACGGUGGUACAGAGCUCCUGAGGUCAUUUUCAACUGGAUGCAUUACAACCAAACAGUUGAUGUGUGGUCAGCUGGUUGCAUCCUUGCUGAAAUGAUCACUGGGCAGGUGCUUUUCCCAGGAGAUGACAGUAUUGAUCAACUGAAGAAGAUUCUCCAUCUAACUGGCACUCCACCCUCUUCCCUAGUGCAGAAGAUGCAGAGCAAAGAUGCACGCUCCUAUGUGCAGUCUCUCCCACCUCAACAGAAGAAGGAUUUCAGUGUAGUGUUUUCAACUAUGGAUGCAAAUGCUGUUAACCUUCUGGAGAGUAUGUUGCUGUUGGAUCCGGAGGCUAGAGUGACAGCCAAAGAGGGGUUGUCUCACCCUUACCUUGCAGAGUUCCACGAUCCUGAUUCUGAGACAGAGUCUCCACCGUAUGAUGAUUCUUUUGAGAGCCUGGAGCUAGCGCUGGGCGAGUGGAAGAGCCUUAUCCAUAUGGAGAUUAUGACAUUUGAUCCAGACAACCCUAGACAGACUGCGACAUAG